ACACCCACCACCACCGGCGACUCCCACAACCACCGGCGAUCAUAAAGAAUCACUCAUCGCCGACGCCCAGUCCAAGAAUCGGCGACGGCGGCACACCUCCAAUCUCGACAAUGAAUUCGACACAGAGGCCCUCAUCGCGAUAUCGACGGCGUCAUCUGGGGAUUUCUCGCAUGCAUGGAGGAUUCAGAGGCCAUUGACGGCGGCGAAGGAGGAGAUCAGCUCCGGAAACUGUAUGUUCCUCCGACGUCAUUUCUUCGGCGGGGUUCGGUUUGAACGUUGGGUGGUGGUUUGGAAUUGGCGUUGAUUUGUGGGGCAAAGACGGGGUUUUCGGCAGCGGUGGAGAGGGGUGGUUUUAGCAGAGGCUUUCCUCACCGGAGUUUCUGAGCUUUUGGGUUGGUUCUGAUCGAUUUGUAAUGGGGUUAUUCUGAUCGAUUAAUAGUGUAGCGAAGGGUUGGUCGCCGGUUGUUGUGGGAGUCGCCGGAGGUGCUCCUCCUCCUCCUCUCUCUUUCUUUAGGUUCCAGAUUCGGUUUGGGGCGGAGGGUUUUUUUUUUGGGGUUACAGCUGCUGACGUGCAUGGGGCCCACCUGCCACGUCAGCGUCGGGACCAGGUCGGGAUCCCUAGCAUUAUUGAUUGAGGUUUUCCCAAUCCCAAAUUAGAUAAGACCAACCGCGUCUCUCUCCUCUCGUGAAGCUUAAAAAUCUGGUAAAUGUAUGGUCGGGCGAUGGCGAUAACCACCAACUGUGCCUUGUACUCAACCACCCACCAGUCGUCUCAGGCGCCAUAUCUGAAGAAAUUACAUCCCAUCAAAGGGAGAUGGUGUGCAACAUCUUUAUUACACUACAAGAAAAAUGGGGAGACAAGUAGUGGUAGAAGGUUGGUCUCCAUCUCCCUGGUUUUCCUCCAUUGGCUCUCUCUCCCUCAUCAUGCUGUUGCUGGCAGCAUUUUGGACAAGUAUGUGAAAAGAAAAAAGCUGGAUCCUCUAGAGGCUUAUAUACCAGCUGUGAUAUUGACCCAGUUGCAGAUCGAAGAUUUAGGAAAAACUCUGGAAGUUGAUCAACCUCAAUAUACUUCAUGUCGGAAUUUAUUGCGUUCUGGCCCUGCAGCAUCUCUGCGCGUUAAUAUUCGGGCAGUAGCACAAUAUGCAUCUGACAGCGGUAAUGGAAAAACUGCUUUCCAGAGUGUUGAUCAAUGCAUAAGAGCCUUAGAAGAACUUGAUUCUUUGCUCCUGAAUGCAUCAAGGAAUGAUCCAGGAGCCUCGGUCAAAUCUAUGAAGGCACAGAUUGGUGUUGCUGUUGGUGCAUUGGACAGCCUCCUCAAAACCGUUCCUUCUGAUGUGCUAGACAAAGGUAAGGCUAUUGCUGAUGCGUAUAGGGUACCGGAAGAGGAUACAACUCCCGGGAAUUUGGACCCAGAACUAAAGCAAUUGGAAUCAAUACUAUGAGUUAUUAAAUGAUGUAGUGUAUCUUCGUUCUUGUUGAGCAGAAACUCUCCGCAUACUAUGGUUAUUCUUCUACCAAAGACAGAAAAGGGAAAACAUACUAUAAGGAAAAAGUUUUUGCACUUAUUUUUUGGUCAAUAAAUAUUCUUAGUGUAAUUUUUGUAGUGAGGCCACUUCUAUUUUUUCCCCACCCUCGGCAGGUUUGCAUGCUUGCCUAUGUGCAUAUUCCUUUUCAUGUUGCACCCUUUUGUAAACAAUCAUUGGGAAGAGGAUGGUGAAUGGGAAGUUGCAUUCAUAUUGCAUUUUU